UCAAGUAGAGGCUAUAUAACCGGUGGACAGGGAAAGUGUACUCUGUUGCUCACAAUGAUUCUUGUCAGUUUGUUGACCCUGGUCGGGGUGACCUUGGCCUCAGGUAAUCUGACAGGCAAGGAAGAAAAUCAAAUGGAGGAAUUGAGAAAUGUUGUGGCGGCACUGUCCAGACAGGUGAUGCUGCAACAGUUUGCAGCAGAAGAAAAGAUUCGAGCAGACGGCGGCUCCGGCAUCAAACAAAUCAGAGUUGACGCGGACGGACCAGAGAACUUCUACGUCAACACCCACAGUGGGAGGUCCAUGUGCGCCAUACACGACCACUCCAACACCAUGCGCACCUUGGGUCAAGGUGAAGGACAGUAUGUGCUGAACGGCGUGGAGUUCCGUACCCGCCACAACGAUUUCCAGCUGCGCAUGCCCAGUGACGAACCUGGAAACUCCGAUCAGUUGACUGAGAUUCCCUUCCCACCCGUUCCACCGGAAGUCCUAGAAAAACCGACAGUCCAUGAGCAGAUCGUGGAACUCCGCGAAUGGUUCCAGGCAUGGAAAGAACAAAACUACCAGACCAGGGACUACAGACCUUACUUCAAGCCUGUGCUCUGCUACAUGGAAGGGGCGUGGACCACCAACACCAACAAAAUAGAAGAACCGUUCUUCAGUGACAGGCACGCCAUCGAUGCUUCGACAUGGGCUGAACUACAGGAAAAGGUUCGCUUCUCCGCCUACACUGGCAAGAAGCACAUGAAAGAGAACUUCGCCUACCUCCCUACCACCAUCAUCAACAUCACAGAGAAAGGGGUACCUGUGUACGCUCAGUGGACCUACAGGAUCGCCUGUCACCCUCUGUCUAAAGAUCUGCCUACGUCAUACCUGAGUCUUGUGGACGACCUGAGUGUCAGACUGCCCAAUGGCUACACUCUAGAGGAGUAUAAAGUAAGGUUAAAGGUCAUACUUCCCAAUGGCUACACUCUAAAGGAGUAUAAGGUAAGGUUAAAGGUCAUACUUCCCAAUGGCUACACUCUAGAGGGGUAUAAGGUAAGGUUAAAGGUCAGACUGCCCAAUGGCUACACUCUAGAGGUGUAUAAGGUAAGGUUAAAGGUCAGACUGCCCCAUGGCUACACUCUAGAGGAGUAUAAGAACUCGAGAGCAGCGAGAUUUAACGUGAUCAGGCCACGUGACAACAAGUUCACCUACUGGAAUUACCUGGACGACCUGAUGGCCGAGGUGCCAGGGAGAAACGGCUACGGUGCCAACCUGUACGACAACAGUUUUAACGCCACCUACCUACACCCCACCCGGAGGAACGGCGUUAGGCUGAACGUGGGUUACUACCACCGUCGUUAUAGGGUAGCCAGACCUGACGCCAUGGGCUUGUCGGGGGGCAGAAGGGGAUACAGCGAUCCUAACGUCUUCAUGGCUGAGACCACACACGAAAGUAUAGCACCCGUGUCGCUGGUAGACUGCGUCAAUAAAAGAAAAUGUACCAAAAAUGUGAAACGAAUGACUUACGCCAUCCCGCUAGAGAUCAUUUAUCUGACCCCACUGACCAACUGGAAUCCUUACAAUAUUAGACACCAUGACGAUAAUCAGAGAGAGAUUGUUACAAGAGGAGAAAGAAAAGGAGGGUUUGAGGCAGACUCGGCGUAUAAUGGGACACAUUAUUCGCUGUUUUACCGUACACCGAGAGCGUUUUUCUCCGGCACGGAGGUAGGGACUAGUCCGGCCGACACGACGGUGGCAUCCGUAGGGGUCCUGGAUCAGAGAGGGGUCGUGAGGAACGUAUCGGCGUCAGGGGUCAGGAUAUUUUUGCCCAAAAUUCGAGGUCUGAGAGAAAUGAGGACGAGGUAUCCUAUCGCGCCCGUGCACGGGGAAAGUAGUCCAGUGUGGAAAGAGUUGAACGCUCUCAAGGACAUCGUCAUGCAGAUGUACACCAAUGAGAAAUAUCUCACGGAGAAACUGGAUGAAACAAGCCAAAAAGCCGCACCCCAGCCUUCCACCCGAGGUCCCGUAACAUCCCCAUCCCCUCUGGUUAUACCACGCCUACGUCUGCUGACCAGCGUCGCGACCAGAGACCCCCCAGGGGAACAUGUCCACACCAUCGAGUUGACCAAAGAUGACCAGCUCGCCUUGUUUCGUGGUCAGAUCCUGGAUCUAACAACCAGCCAAGACAACUCCCACUCGCAUCAGGUGCGGGUGAGAUAUCUCAACAACAGAUUCCACAUCUUCUCCUGCGAUGACAAGGGUUCUGUCCCCUGUUGGGAUGGACACACGUCUUGUCUGACUACCGAAGAUGAAGAUUCCUGCCCUGCUGACGAUUCGCAACAAUCCCACACGGAGUACUGAAACACGUACACAUCAGAAGUCUUGCGCUUAAAACGACAAUGUAACUUGUAACUAUAGAGUGUAAUGAGUGUGCUUUACUGUUAUAAUAAAA